AUGCGUCUUGGAACGCUAGCUCUAAUAUUGGCAGCAGCAAACGCCGUUCCUGUUUCAAAAGAAAACAAAUUAUUAGUAACAAAUGACGUCUACCCUGAACAAUACAUCGUUUAUACUGGAGAAUAUGACAUUGUCAAGAUAACUGUACCUUUGAAUCAUUUAAAUUAUGGACGAAACGCUGAGAAUAGAUAUCUAUUCUUCUUCGUCGAAGCAGAUAGAGAUGCAACCGGCAAACGGAUAGAUAAAGGGUUGUAUGUUUUCAAAAAUGGAAAUGCUAAAAAACUUUUAGAUAAUGGUAGAGAUGUCGCUGCUGCGGCUGACGACAGUAAAGAUGCAUAUUUUGGUGCUGAAGAUGGUAUCUACAAAUAUAACGAUAAGAGCAUAUCAAUUGAAAAAUACGGUUCAAUAACUGACAGUAUAAUUGGAAUCGCUAAACCAUCAGAAAAAGAUGUGAUUUAUAUAUUAACUGAUAACAAAGAAGUAUUUACUGUCAGUGAAAAUGGUAACAAGAAGAAGAAAAUCAACGAUAUUGUGAAUGCUGCACAAAUAAUAUUGGAUUACGAUAAUAACCUUUAUUACGUUGAUUCUGAUAAACAGGUGUUUGUGUACAAUUUUGUUGGUAUUAAAAAGAUUCAUGGAUUACCAGAGUUUAUAUCUAACGCACAAUUAUUGAAGCCACCAGUGACUUCUGACGGUCAUGUACCGAUAGUGGUUGAUAAUAAAUUAUAUUUGAUAAACGACAGUGGUAAAGCUGAGGUGUUCAAUAAUAUUGAAUUCGGACCUGAUGGUAAACCGAGUGCGUAUGCUAUGGAAGCAGGUUUGAUGCAUUAUUAUGCUAAAGAUAAAAAGAUAUACGAAUUUGACGUUCUUGAUAUAUCUAUACAUGGAAUAAAAGGUUUUUUAGGUAGUGUUGUUGAUAAAUAUGUAUCUCUUGGAGAAGAACUUAUUACUCUGUUAGGUUUUAUUAGUUAA